UUGAAUGGAUUAUACCUCACUUAGGUUUCAAAGGUCGCUGCAUCAACAAACCUUGCAUUUCCAACUACGACCAGUGUAUCUAAAAUGCGUUACAUAACCGCCUUGUGCUUAAUAUUUGCCUUGGAGUGUACUUGUGAAGUGGUAAUACAACUAGAACCAGAGAAGACUGCAAAAGUAAUUGAAAGUGCUAUCAAAUGUACUAGCAAGCAUGGACUCAAUUUAGAUGUACUGGAAAGAUUAAGGAGUAAAGAGAGAACAAAAGAUGAAAAAUUCUUGAAGUUUUUAUACUGCACCCUUGAAGAUCUUAAAGUUGUGAAGAAAAAUGGAUACUACAUUGAGGAUGAAGCCCUGAAGUUUGUACCGAAACAACAUCAAGCAGUUCUAAAGAAGGCUCUAGAGGAAUGCAACAAGAAACCAGGAAAGGAUCGCAUUGAUGUAUUGUACAAUGUCUCCAGGUGUUUGAGAGACGAUAGCAAUUUACGCGUGUCAAUCUAA